AUCGAAGUCAUGAAAAGGCGGCUGCGAUUGAAGGUGUGGUGGCCUCGUCUUGACAAAGAUGUUGAGAAGUACGUCAAGCAAUGCAAGUGUUGUACACUCGUUUCUGGACAAAACCCACCAGAACCCCUGCAAACAACGAAGAUGCCGGACCGUCCCUGGGCCGACCUCGCCGCGGACUUCCUUGGCCCUUUGCCAUCAGGACAUAAUCUGCUGGUGAUUGUAGACUAUUUUAGUCGGUUUACCGAGAUAAUUGUAAUGAAGCAGAUAACAGCAGCGCAAACGGUUCGUGCGUUGCAUGAAACAUUCUGUCGCUUUGGUUUCCCAGAAUCCCUGAAGACCGACAACGGACCACAGUUCAUAAGCUCCGAGUUACAGAGAUUCUGCAGUCAAUUUGGAAUCGACCACCGAAAGACCACCCCGUAUUGGCCACAGGCCAAUGGUGAGGUGGAACGCAUGAACCGGAAUAUAGUGAAAAGACUGAAAAUCAGCCAGGAAACGGACGGCUCGGAUUGGCAGUGGGAUCUCCGGAUGUUCACGCUCAUGCACAACUCAACUCCUCACUCAACAACGGGAGCACCACCUUCGACUCUAAUGUUCGGGCGUGUUCUGAAGGAUAAACUGCCGGGAUUAGUAACAAAAGGGCACAAGAUCUUGGAAGAGAUCAUCGAUCGAGACGCGGAGAAGAAACUUAAGGGAGCUGAGUACACGGAUAAACGCCGCCAAGCCAGAGCAAGCGAGUUGGAGGUCAGGGACACCGUUGUGGCCAAACGGGUUCAUAAGGAGAACAAGUUGUCGACCGCUUUUGACCCAGAAGAACUGACAAUCAUUGGUAAGACGGGAUCAAGCUUAACAGUGAAGUCUCGAGACACAGGAAGGAUUUAUCAAAGGAAUGUCUCUCACUUGAAAAAGAUUCCCAUAGGUCUCGAUCAGACGACGGACGCAGAAGGACAACUAGACGGAGCUGAGGAUCAACCAUCCGAUGACGGGGAACAGUCACACCUCAACCCAAGCAAUAACGUUGAACUACGACCGCGACGGGCUAUGAAACGUCCAGCACACUUCGAUGAUUACGAAAUCAAUAAUUUGUUUUAAACGCGCAAGAAGUACGACAGUUUCAAACUUCAAAUUUAAGCUUAUAAAUAACUAGGACCUUGACCAACUUUGCAUUAUUAAAUCUGACAUUACUUCUAGUCUUAACUCUUCUUAAACUAAGGGAGGAAUGUAGUAUUGUACAUUGAAAACUAUCGCACCUUUUAUAUGCCACAUUGGAACCACACCAUUUAAUAUACGUCACAAGUCCAGAUAGUAUGGCAACACUGACAUGUUGGAAUAAAAC